UAACCCAUGUGACCUAUCUAUAAAUACACAAGAGCACUAUCAGGUAUACACAAACCAGAGAAAGAAGAUGAAGAGGGAAAUGACUGAUAUAGUCCCAACUUCAUGGGAAGGACCUAGCAACCGCAUUGCUGCUGUUAGUAUUGAGGGCAAACCGCAACCUACCGGUCAUCAAAACGACAAUGAGGAUCGAAGCCACCAGAAACCUGGAUGGAGAAAGUUUCUAUCAUACGUAGGACCUGGUUUUCUGGUUUCAUUGGCCUAUCUUGACCCUGGCAACUUGGAAACUGAUCUGCAAGCAGGAGCUAAUCAUGGAUAUGAGCUACUAUGGGUUAUUCUCAUUGGACUCAUCUUUGCUCUCAUAAUCCAAUCACUAGCAGCAAAUUUGGGUGUCAGCACUGGAAAGCAUCUUUCAGAAUUAUGCAAGGCUGAGUAUCCAAAAUAUGUAAAAUAUUUUUUGUGGCUGCUGGCUGAGAUAGCGGUCAUUGCUGCUGACAUUCCUGAAGUGAUUGGGACAGCCUUUGCAUUGAAUAUAUUGUUUCACAUCCCACUAUGGGUUGGAGUUCUGUGCACUGGUCUUAGCACUCUCCUACUUCUUGGCCUGCAGAAAUAUGGGGUGAGGAAGCUUGAAAUGUUAAUAGCUUUGCUGGUAUUUGUGAUGGCUGGAUGUUUCUUUGGUGAAAUGAGUCAUGUAAAGCCUCCGGCAACUGAAGUCAUCAAGGGCAUGUUCAUCCCCAAGCUCUCGGGCCAAGGAGCCACCGGCGACGCCAUCGCCCUCCUAGGUGCCCUUGUCAUGCCACAUAAUCUCUUUCUCCAUUCUGCCCUUGUGCUUUCUAGGAAAGUACCCAAUUCUGUCCGUGGCGUCAAUGAAGCUUGCCGUUAUUUCCUCAUAGAGAGUGGAUUUGCAUUACUUAUAGCUUUUCUAAUAAAUCUGGCAGUUGUCUCUGUAUCUGGGACAGUUUGCACAGCCCAAAACCUCUCACAAAAUGAUGCAAAUAGAUGCAGUGAUUUAACCCUUAACUCUGCUUCUUUUCUUCUCCAGAAUAUGUUGGGAAAAUCAAGUUCCAUCCUAUAUGGUAUUGCUCUAUUGGCCUCAGGUCAGAGCUCCACUAUAAGUGGCACCUACGCAGGACAAUACAUCAUGCAGGGUUUCUUAGAUCUUAAGAUGAGAAAAUGGAUUAGAAACCUAAUGACUAGGUGUAUUGCCAUUACACCUAGUCUUAUUGUCUCAAUUAUUGGCGGAUCACAGGGAGCAGGUCGAUUAAUUAUCAUCGCUUCGAUGAUACUUUCGUUUGAACUUCCAUUUGCUCUUAUCCCACUGCUAAAAUUCAGUAGCAGUUCCACUAAAAUGGGACCUCACAGUAACUCAAUUUUCAUUAUUGUGUUCUCAUGGAUUUUGGGAUUAGGAAUUAUUGGCAUAAAUAUAUAUUAUCUAAGCACAGGGUUUGUUGGUUGGCUAAUUGACAAUAAUCUACCAAAAGCUGGGAAUGUGUUUAUUGGAAUCAUUGUAUUUCCUCUAAUGGCAGUAUAUGUAUUUGCAGUCAUCUAUCUAACCCUUAGAGAGGACACAGUGGUCACAUUUAUUGAGCCAAUGAAGGAAAAUGGUUCAAGAUUACAAGCAAACAUGGAAGAGGGGUUAGUCCAGUCCAAUGAGUCACCUGAUAUUGUGCCUUAUAGAGAGGACUUAGCUGAUAUUCCAUUGCCAGAAUAGAUGUUGAAUUUUAAUUAAUUAUAUCAAAGUAGUAAAAAAAAAUUACUAUAAGAUAAGAUUAUCUCAUUUAUUAAAUAUUUUCUGGUAUGAAUGGUUAGUCUGUUUUUGAUUAAAUUGAUGAGGAAUACUUAAUAUGACAGGGAAAAGCUAACCUGUAAUAUCAUUCUAUUAUACAAAAAAUUAUUUAUGUUCUUUU